AUGUCCAUCCCAGAAAUCCAGCAGGCGUGGCGCGUCGCCGCGAAGGGGGUACCCUCCAAGGUGCUGCGCUAUGACAAGAACGUCCCAGUCCCCAAGAAACUCGCCACAGGCGAAGUGUUGGUCAAGGUGCAGGCGGCAGCCCUCAACCCAGUAGGCUACAAGCUCAUGGGCAGGUUGCCGGAUAUCCUCGCCAAGAAGCCGUACAUCCCUGAACACGACCUCGCCGGUAUAGUAGUCGAUGCCAACGGGACUGAUCUCAGGGAGGGAGAUCAGGUGUAUGGGUGGAACCCCGUUUCGAUCCCGUUGAAGCCGGAUCUUGGUGUUUUGGCACAGUAUACGCGCGUACCGGCAGAUCAACUCGUUUCUCUGCCCGCCAAUAUUACGCCCGUACAAGCAUCGGGGAUCACGCUUACGGCCAUGACCGCUUACCAGGCUCUCGUUGACGUCGGCGGCCUCCAACCAGAGCAGAGCGUGUUUAUCAACGGCGGUAGCACCGCUGUUGGUUCAUUUGCUAUCCAGAUCGCUAAGGCAGUCGGCUGCAAAGUCACUGCCAGUGCGUCUGCGAAGAAUGAGGAGUACGUGCGGUCUCUCGGUGCAGACGAGUUCAUCGACUAUACCAAGGCACCACUGCACGAGGCUCUGGCCGCUAAUCCUCCCACUCCGAAGUUCCACGUUUUUCUCGAGGCAGUCGGUCUCAUGGACCCCUCACUCUAUACACAUAGCGAGGCAUACCUCGCCCCCGGCGGCACAUUCAUCUCUGUAGGGCCUCAGCCGAAAGGAUUCGACGUUGUCGGGGUUCUCAAACUCGCGUGGAAGGCUUUCCUUCAACCACGCUUUCUGGGUGGCACCAAGCGUUCUUUCAAGCUCGUAAUGGCCCAUCCAAACCGCGCAGACCAGGAGCAAAUCGCAAAAUACGUUGCUGAAGGAAAAGUCAAACCUCUCGUGGAUUCAGUCUUUGCCUUUGAAGAUGCCUUGAAAGCUUAUGAACGUCUGGCGACUAACCGGGCGACCGGCAAAGUGGUGAUAAAGGUGGACCCCGAAGUUGCCGAGUGA